CCCUCCUCCAUCCCUCCCUCUCCGCCUCCACGGUCCUGCAGUCCGGGCAGCAGCGCUAAGCGGUGGACACGCGGACGGGAAGCGACGAAAAGAGAGAGCAGCAGCAACAGCCAGUUAGAGCAGCGUGAGGCGCGACCCGCGUCCCUUUUGUGAAUCGAUAGCGCAGCUUCUAGCUCCAUUAUCUUGCACAGAGCCGCCUCGCCGAGGGAUCCGCGACAGCCAUGUCCUACCAAGGCAAGAAGAACAUCCCUCGCAUCACGAGCGAGCGUCUCCUCAUCAAAGGAGGUCGCAUCGUCAACGAUGACCAGUCCUUCCACGGCGACAUCUACAUGGAGGACGGCCUCAUCAAGCAGAUCGGGGACAACCUGAUCGUUCCGGGCGGCGUGAAGACCAUCGACGCGCAGGGCCGCAUGGUUAUCCCGGGUGGCAUAGAUGUGCAUACGCACCUCCAGAUGCCCUACCUGGGCUCCAGCACCGUGGACGACUUCUACCAGGGCACUAAGGCGGCGCUGGCCGGCGGCACCACCAUGAUCAUCGACCACGCCAUCCCAGAGCCGGGCCAGGGGCUCGUGGCGGCGCUAGACGCGUGGCGCGAGUGGGCAGACGCCAAGGUCUGUUGCGACUACUCCCUGCACGUGGCCGUGCCCCAGUGGCACGAGGGCGUCGCCGAAGAGCUGGAGAUCCUGGUCAAGGACCGAGGUAUCAACUCGUUCCUCGUCUACAUGGCGUACAAGGACCAAUACCAGAUGAGCGACACAGAGAUGUACGAGGUGUUCACGUUCCUCCGUGACAUCGGCGCCAUCGCCAUGGUUCACGCCGAGAAUGGCGACAUAAUAGCCGAGGAACAGAAGCGAAUCCUUGAGAUGGGAAUCGCCGGUCCCGAAGGUCACGUGCUCAGCCGGCCAGAGGAGGUGGAGGCCGAGGCCGUGAACCGUGCCAUCACCAUCGCCAACCACACCAAUUGCCCGCUCUACAUUACCAAGGUCAUGAGCAAGAGCGCUGCCGAUGUCAUCUCGCAAGCGCGCAAAAAAGGCGCGGUGGUGUAUGGGGAACCCAUCACGGCGAGUCUGGGCACCGACGGAUCUCAUUACUGGAGCAAGAACUGGGCCAAAGCCGCGGCCUUCGUCACCUCUCCGCCUCUGAGCCCUGACCCCACCACGCCCGACUACCUCAACUCUCUGCUGUCCUGUGGGGACCUCCAGGUGACGGGCAGCGCACACUGCACAUUCACCACCGCGCAGAAAGCUCUUGGGAAGGACAACUUCACACUCAUCCCAGAGGGAACCAACGGCAUUGAGGAGCGCAUGAGCAUCGUGUGGGACAAGGCAGUGGCCACUGGCAAGAUGGACGAGAACCAGUUCGUGGCCGUGACAAGCACCAAUGCCGCCAAGAUUUUCAGCCUCUACCCACGCAAGGGCCGUAUUGCCGUUGGCUCAGACGCCGACCUCGUCAUCUGGGAGCCAGACACAAUCACCACCAUCUCGGCCAAGACGCACACUGCGGCCGUGGAGUACAACAUUUUUGAGGGCAUGGAGGUGCGGGGUGCACCGCUGGUGGUCAUCAGCCAGGGUCGAAUCGUGCUGGAGGAGGGGAAGCUGAGCGCCACGCAGGGCGCUGGUCGCUUCGUUCCACGCAAGGCCUUCCCCGAGCAAGUCUACAAGCGCAUCAAGGCCCGCAACAAGCUGGCCGAGAUGCGGGGCGUGCCGCGGGGCCUGUACGACGGCCCCGUGUUCGAGCUGAGCGGCUCCUCCGUCCGCUCCACCACGGCCACCCCGACCCCGUCGGCGCGCACCUCGCCCGCCAAGUCGGCCGCGCAGUCUGCGCCACUGCGCAACCUGCACCAGUCCGGCUUCAGCCUCUCAGAAGCUGUGAUCGGCCGCACAGGAGCCCAGGUGGAUGACGAGCUGCCCCGCCGUACGGGACACCGGAUUGUCGCCCCGCCGGGAGGCCGCUCCAACAUCACAUCCCUGGGAUAAGGGCGAGGGUCGCCCACGACGGCACGGGAAAAGCCCCGCCCCCUCCCCCCGUGCCCUCAGCGCCCGCCGCCCAGCCCUGGCUGCCCUGCGCAGAUCCCCCACCCCCGGUCCCCGUCACGUCUCAGCCAGUCCACACACCCCCGUCAGAUCAAGCAUCUCGCAUCGCACGUCAUCCACAAACCCCUGCCACGGUCGCCCCGAGCCCGCAGUACUGCACCCCACCUUACUGCUCCACCCAGCCCAGAGGGACCCAGCCCAGAAACACCCAGCCCAGAGGGACCCAGCCCAGAGGGACCCAGCCCAGAGGGACCCAGCCCAGAGGGACCCAGCCCAGUGGGACCCAGCCCAGAGGGACCCAGCCCAGAGGGACCCAGCCCAGAGGGACCCAUCCCAGAGGGACCCAUCCCAGAGGGACCCAGCCCAGAGGGACCCAGCCCAGAGGGACCCAGCCCAGAGGGACCCAGCCCAGAGGGACCCCCCCCCCCGGCAGGCAGACGUCAACUCUACACCUGUCCGAGGGUACCGACGCCUGAGAUGCGACGCGGUGGCGGCGUCCUUCACUCGGCGUCCCCAGGACCAGCGCUGCUGCCGCGCUCAUGUGCGGGGGCAGGGUGGCACGGAGGCACGGUGCGGAGGGCUGGGGUCUGCGUGCCGGUCUCCCGUCACACACGGCUGGGCCUGGCUCUUGCCGUCUCACGGAAAUUCACUGCCACUUGUCCGCGGCUCCAGACCAGAUCUCUCGCUCGUCAGUACCACGAGAAGGCAAAAUGAAAUUUUCAAGGUUUAUUCAAUACAUUUAGGGCAACUAUUGGAAAUGUGAUAAACGUACGUACUUUUAUUGGCCAUAUGAUUAAUCUGUACAUCUAAUGUUUUGCCACCUCGAGUGAUACCAGGAUCUGCUCUGGACCAAGGACAGCGCCGCUGGUGCCAGCGGCCAGAGCGCCGUAGCCGUCGGUGACUGAUGUCCUCACUAUAGUGUUAUGAUUUUUACCGUCACAUCUGUUGUAUUGCCAUGCGCAAGUAAGCGGCCAGUGUGGUAAUGUUCGUGUAACGAGUUGCAGAUUAAGGCUAGGGUAGCCUGUACGUGGCGUGGUGCAUGUUGUUGUGUAUGUGAAUUUGGUGAAUGUGCGUUACAUGGCAAUUCUGGUGCUCUCUCUCCAUCAGUAUACCCCCCCCCCCCCCCACCACCAAUGUCCCCAACGCUCUCUUUGGUAGGGUUCGUUAUGCCGCCUGCUCGUAAAUUGAAUUUGCUGUUUAGUUCCUGAAAUGAGUGGUCCCGGGGUCGGGACGCGUCGGCACGCUGGGCACGGUGCUCGGGGGCAGGGUCUGAGACUCGGAACAAAGUGGGCAGUGCGGAUAAGGGGGCUGGGGACAGGUCCCAUCUACUCCCCCACUACGUGCACAGCGACACUGGCUGCAGGCUGCGGUACUCUGGGACAUGGAGUGUUUUGCGCACUACGGAGAGGCUGUCUCAGUGGUAGGCGAUUGAUAAGACUCACGAAGUCUGCGUACGUAAAUUCACUGUGGGGAUCCUGUCCCUUUCAGUCCAAUAGGGUCCGGCAGCACGGAUCAGCCCUCGUUUACAAAAGCUGCUCAUUCCUCUGGCCACUUAAGAUGUAGCGCAGGGCUGCAGGAGAUGUUGCGUUUAAGUACAAUAAAGAUUUUUUUGUUAAGAGCAUGAGGCUACAUGCCAGUGCAUGCAGUCUGAACAAAGUUACUCCAUCUCGCAACUGUCCCCCCACGUGCCUGAGACGCUCACCGCCACUCUUGACUUCUUAGCUGGCGAUAUCGCCCGAGGGGCGGCCAUCCAGCCCAGGUGCUGCCGCGGGGCGCCGCGUGAAAGCGUUGCGCGCCCUGCGCUGCCGGCGAGCCCUCGGGCCUAGACCCUGCCCCUUGCCCAAAGCACUCGUGCCCUCCGUGCCCCACACUGCUGCACCUCAAUAAAGUCUUUUAUAGCUGUG